AACCCUGCACGCCGCCAGUGAUGAACACCAAGACACUGGCUUUCUAGUUUAAAUGCGUGCCAGAUCACGGAAACCAGAUCCAUCUCCAGAUCCGCGUAGCUGCAAAUGCGCUCGAAGACUGACGCGAGCUGUGUGCGAUCCGUCACUCCGGAGCGCUCCGGUCCUCUCACCUCCCUAUCUGCUCCCAUUGCUCACCAUCAUUGUGCAGAUUUGAUCCAUUGCAACGGGCUGAAAUGGAUUCGUGAUACCGUCUAAUGGGUGUGCCAUUAAAAUAAUUGGCGUCUGUCAGCGCCGAGCAGCGGGUACCGGUUUUUACAGCCUGUCGACACCGUCCUGCUGCUGAUUGGACGGAACACCUGGAUUUAAUAUAUGAGUCUUUGGCUCCUGCUUUUGUGUUUUGGGCUUGACACGGUUUGGAGUUGAUUUUCUCGAGGUCAGUAACGAGCAUCUCGGCUGUUAGUUUCGGAGAGGAGACUGUGCUGGCUCGUGUGUUCUCUGCGCAUCUUUGCACGCACCCCGUGAAGUUCUCGUGCAGGCCUUUAGGUGCUCCGGCAGGGAUUCCCCCUCAGGUAGCACUGACAUCGCAACAGUGAGCGAAACGGCCCUGCGUUGAUUAAUCAGCAACAGCUGAGGCUCGCCGUGCGUCUGCUGAGUCCGUGUUUACGUGCAGCUCAAAUAGCCUCCUCAAACCAGACCCUCUUCCCAAAAUAGGGGAAGGGAAGGAGAUCUGCGCGCGGAGCAGCCGCUCUCACCUCUCAGCCGUAACGCUGUCUGCAUCGGGAGGGCGGACACGAAGAUGCACAAAAAUCCAACAUGAAUGCCGGCUCGUUUGCUCUUUAACAUCAGUCGUGGUGGGUGGAGAAAAAGCACAGCCUAGUGCUGGAUCCCAGAGGGACUGUCAGUGUGGUAAGGACCCUUGAGACGAAGGAGGGUGCAUGGAGGGUUCAAGGCCUGUAAAGCCAGGGUCGUCAGCCUGCCUCUGGUUGGGGCUGGUUUCUGUGGCUGUUGCCUUCCUUUGUACAGAGGCCCGGACCACUCCGAGCCCUCUGCUCAGCCCCAGCAAUGCCACCUGCACUGGAAACUCCAAGUGUAAUGAAGGGAUCAUCCUGCCCAUCUGGUAUCCCGAGGAUCCCUCCAUGGGAGACAAGAUUGCACGGGUCAUUGUGUAUUUUGUGGCAAUGAUCUACAUGUUUCUUGGAGUGUCCAUCAUUGCUGACCGCUUCAUGGCAGCCAUCGAGGUCAUCACCUCUCAGGAGAGGGAAAUUGUCAUCAAAAGGCCCAAUGGAGAAACAACCACCACCACGAUUCGGGUGUGGAAUGAAACAGUCUCAAACCUCACUCUCAUGGCCUUAGGCUCAUCUGCCCCUGAGAUUAUGCUCUCUGUAAUUGAGGUUUGUGGACAUGAUUUCAAAUCUGGUGAGCUUGGGCCUUCCACAAUUGUCGGCAGCGCAGCCUUCAAUAUGUUUGUUAUCAUUGGGCUGUGUGUGUCUGUCAUUCCCCAAGGAGAGGUACGCAAGGUCAAACACCUCCGAGUGUUCUUUGUCACUGCAGGCUGGAGCAUCUUCGCUUACAUCUGGCUCUACAUGAUUCUGGCUGUGUUUUCUCCCAACAUAGUCCAGGUCUGGGAGGGACUACUCACAUUAGCCUUCUUCCCCAUAUGCGUACUCCUUGCCUGGGUAGCGGACAGACGACUGCUCUUCUACAAAUUCAUGCACAAGAAGUACCGCACCGACAAGCACAGGGGUGUCAUCAUUGAGACGGAGACCGAACGCUCCAAGGGGAUUGAGAUGGAUGGCAAGAUGGUCAACUCUCACUUCAUGGAUGGAGGUGCGGCAAGCAAUCUUAUCGGUUUGAUCGAAAGCAAAGAGGUGGAUGAGUCCCGGCGUGACAUGAUCCGCAUCUUGAAAGAUCUGAAGCAGAAGCACCCAGAGAAAGAGAUGGACCAGCUGGUUGAGAUGGCCAACUACUAUGCUCUCUCCCACCAGCAAAAGAGCCGUGCCUUCUACCGCAUCCAAGCUACACGCAUGAUGACAGGCGCGGGAAAUAUCCUGAAGAAACAUGUCGCAGAGCAGGCGAAGAAGAGCACCAGCGUGCAGGAGGUGCAUGUGGAGGAGCCAGAGGAGUACGUGUCUCGAAUUGCGUUUGAGCCGGCGGUUUACCAGUGCCUCGAGAACUGUGGUGCUGCCACUCUGACCAUCACCAGAAAGGGUGGCGACAUCAACAAGACGAUCUACGUGGAUUACAAGACAGAGGACGGCUCGGCUAACGCUGGGGCUGACUACGAGUUCACUGAGGGCACGGUAGUGUUCAAACCAGGCGAGAUGUUCAAGGAGAUAAACAUUGGCAUCAUCGAUGACGACAUCUUUGAAGAGGACGAGCACUUUUUUGUGCGCCUCAGUAAUCUGCGUGUCCUAGAGACUGAGGACGAGGUGCUGUCCGCCAACAGUCUCCCGUACCCAAAGGCCAUGCUGGGCUUCCCCACUGUGGCCACUGUGACUAUUCUUGAUGACGAUCAUUCGGGCAUCUUCACCUUUGAGAGCAACUCGGCACACGUCAGUGAGAGCAUCGGUAUUAUGGAAGUGAAAGUGCUAAGGACUUCCGGAGCAAGGGGGACGGUCAUUGUGCCUUAUCGCACGGUGGAGGGACUCGCCAAAGGAGGAGGGGAGGACUUUGAAGACACUUACGGAGAGCUCGAGUUCAAAAAUGAUGAGACCUGCAAAGUUAUUCACGUGAAAAUUAUUGACGAUGAAGAGUAUGAGAAAAACAAGAACUUCUUCCUGGAGUUGGCCGAGCCUCGCAUGGUAGACAUGAGUCUGCAGAAAGAUGUACCAGACAGGAAGCUGACAUCAGACGAGGAGGAAGCCAGGCGGAUCGCAGAGAUGGGAAAGCCGGUGCUGGGGGAACACUCCAAGCUGGAAGUCAUUAUUGAGGAAUCAUACGAGUUUAAGAGCACAGUGGACAAGCUGAUCAAGAAGACCAACCUGGCGCUGGUGGUGGGAACGAACUCCUGGAGAGACCAGUUCAUGGAGGCCAUUACAGUCAGCGCAGAUGAGGACGAAGAGGACACGGGAGAAGAACGGCUGCCGUCCUGUUUCGACUAUGUCAUGCACUUCCUCACCGUCUUCUGGAAGGUCCUGUUUGCUUGCGUUCCUCCCACAGACUACCUGAACGGCUGGGCCUGUUUCAUCGUCUCCAUCGUCAUCAUCGGCCUGCUCACGGCCGUCAUCGGGGACCUGGCGUCUCACUUCGGCUGCACCAUUGGCCUCAAGGAUUCGGUCACUGCUGUGGUGUUUGUGGCGCUCGGUACAUCUGUCCCAGACACCUUUGCCAGUAAGGUAUCAGCAGUUCAGGACACCUACGCAGACGCUUCUAUCGGGAAUGUGACCGGAAGCAAUGCCGUCAACGUCUUCCUGGGAAUCGGCAUGGCCUGGUCAGUGGCGGCCAUCUACUGGCACAUGCAAGGGAAGCCGUUCGUGGUGGAAGCCGGAUCGCUGGCCUUUUCUGUCACUCUUUUCACCAUCUUCGCCUUCCUGGCCAUCUCAGUGCUGCUUUAUCGGCGCCGGGCCCACAUCGGAGGAGAACUGGGCGGGUCCCGGGGACACAGACUGGCCACGUCAGCCUUCUUUUUCAGCCUCUGGUUCCUUUACAUCCUCUUCUCCAGUCUGGAGGCAUACUGUCAUAUAGAGGGCUUCUAAACAGAAAAGACUUCGGCGUGAGAAAAUACACACUUACAGGGGUUUUAAGUACAACUUCAGAGGUAAAAGAGUGAAUUCUCAAUGUGGAAUUUGGGUCAGUCUUGUGCGGUAUGAAAGGACAGGAGAGGUAAACCCGGGGUUUUUCCCAGACGCCUCCCAUCCCUCUCCCUCUCUCUCUCCCUCCCUCAACCCCUUCUGUAAGGAUGCUUGGAGGUGUGUUUCCCGACCUCUAGUGCCGACAGGCCUGUUCGCCCGGCUACUGGAGAGGCGUCCUGAGCCUGCGCGAGUGUGCUUACAGUUGGGAUUGGGUUACCACCGAGUCCAGAAGAUGCCGAUUCCGGGGUGGUCCUGCAUUCCACUGGAAGAGACUGCAGUCUUAUAUCCGGAGAGAGUUGAGUUAAUCAGAGGUAUAUAUUUUUCUCAACAUCUGAUGAGAACGACUUUUUUUAAAAAGUAUUUUGGGGAUAAAAACGCAAAAAAUAAACAACACAAAAAAAACAAACAAACACGCAUUCACACACACACACACAAAAGAGGAAUAAAAGAACUAUUUUCUGAUCUACGUUGAGGAAUAACAAAAAGAUUAUAUCGUAAAUGGGAAUAUGUUGUUGCGUGACCGUGGGAUGGAUUCAUAGUAUUUAUUUUUAUUUGCAUAGUUUCCUAAGGAGCACUGCAGAGUUCUCAGAAAUCACACAAACAAGAAGAGGAAGAGGAGCAACAGUGACAGUUCAUACUGGCAGAUGAAUCACCAUUCAGACAGGCGAGGAGGAAGAGGUGGACACAAUGAACAUGGUCAAACUGCCCUGAACAUUACUUCCGUACUCUAUACGUAUCUAUAUAUAAUAUAUUUCCAUAUUUUCUGUAUAUUUUGAAUAUUCGUUUAAAUGUGGUCACCUUCUGCUCUAACAACAGAGGAUUGCUGUGGCUAAGCGGGAGGGGUGGGAGGGUGUCAAACUAUAUACUGGAACGAUGUCUUCACAUUUCUAAGAGUUAUGUAUCUUGCCUAGGUAAAAGUAUGACAUUGUAUUUUAUUUAUUUACUGAUAUCUUGGUCUCACUCGAGUUUUCACCUUUUCAAACUGAAAUCCGAAAAAAAGGAAGAAAAAAAAAACCAAUGUGUUGCUGCAGAGGUUAAUUCAGAGGUAUUUUUGUACUGUUCCUUCCAUGCACUUUGCUGUAUAGUUCUAUUUAUGGAGACUUCUUCUUCUACAUGUGCAAAAGGCCAAUAUUAAAGGUGUCACUGCGGACUGAACAGAGUGCCUGUGGAGGGAGAGGCGUUUGCUGCACACACCGACGAGCUCUUUGCUCAUCGGAACAACUGAAGAGUUUCUUCUUAAAGUGGUGCAUAAACUUUUUAAAAGCUGCGUUAAUAGAUUUAUGGCUUUCCUUGGGGGGCAGCAGAACAAACUGAAAAGGCAUCUGCCAUGUUUAUAACCUCACAGAAAGCAGAAAGUCCGGAUGUGACUAGCAGCUAGCUGGAGUUUUUUGUUUCUUCCAUACACGUGAUAUACACCAACAUUCUCUUAUAAUGUGAUUUUCCCAACUUUUUAGCUGUAAUUUCUGUCUUCUAAAAUCUACACUGCAAAAUAGAAAUAUUACAUUAAAUAAAUAGAAACUUAUCCUCCUUGUAUUUCAAAACUGAAUGAACAACAACGCAACAAACUGCUGGGAUACAGUGAUCUUCUUAGGAAGAAAUAGCUGAUUAACUAGCAUUAUUACCCAUUUUAUUGAUUUGGAGUCAGGUUUUCUCACUUACGUCACCUCAGCUCUCGUUAUAAAGCUGCUGGGGCGAAAGUGUUAGCGAACACUUGCUCAUUUAAACAUCCAGGAGACAUUAGCAACAUUAGCAUCCACUUAGAGUUGUGUUUUUGAAAGUGUGAUGAAAGUAAAACUAAUAUUUACUCUGUUUUGUAUUCUAACAACUCCUGAGACAUUUUUUUUAGCUGCUGAAGAAAUCCACUUUGCUCGCAAGCAAGAUGCUAACUUUGGUGCCAGACAGAUAGCAUACAGUGGA